AUGGCAACACCGACUAAGGAGAAACAGAAAGAACCAGUGGAUAUCGUUCACCAAAACGCUAUUCGUGUGGAGACCAUCCUGAAAGAACAGCAGUGUCAGAAGCUUUAUACCGAGUUCACAAUCAAUCCUUUCAAAAAGUUGCAUGUUUUACCUGAUAAACCCAUGGGAAGAAAAAUGCAUGAAGAGGUUGACGAGGACCCUGCCUUCCUGAAGCUCAUUCAUGGAGCAUAUUCAGAACCAACAAAGAAAUACACUCGUCCAAUGACCGAGUCUCAAGAAAUCGGAUGGAUUUCCACUCCUCUGAUUACUUCAGAUCGCACGGACAGAAGACUGAACUUCCCACGGCAGAACUCUGAAAUCACCAAAUACAUGGAUGCUGCCUGGCGUCUGAAAGAACAAACUCAGAAUCUUAGAUGA